AUGCCUUCUUGGUCAGCUUCUUUACUUGCGCUCUACAUUAAAUGGAUCCGUCAAUCCAAAGUUAUAUUCGACGAUCCAGAGAACACCCGCAAAGCCCUUCAAGAUGGCUACAUCCGACCACAAAACUUCAAUCCUCCCACCAACCUCGGGUCUGAUAUCAUCAUUGACCGCGUCGACGUGAAUGAAUGGCCCUUGUAUAAAGUAUCCUCGCAAUCUCCCUCAGCACCACGCGAUGCUCUUCUCUACAUCCAUGGCGGCGCUUUCUUCCGAGAGAUUGUACCCCAGCACUGGAAUCUUGUCGCGCAGAUAGCUCGCGAGACGAAUCUCGAUGUUCUAGUUCCUAUUUAUCCACUUGUUCCGAGACCGGGAGCUACUGCCGAGAAACUUGCGGCUGGGUUGAUGGAUAUUUGUCGUUUGAGUAAGCAGAGAGUUGUGAGUAUUGGUGGAGAUUCUGCUGGUGGUAUGCUGGCUCUCGCGACUGCUCAGCAACUACGAGAUACGCAGCCUGAGCUAUUCACCAAGCUUACAUCUCUGGUCUUAAUCUCACCGGUUGUGGAUCUCGCGCUUGAUCAUCCCGAAGUUGUGCGACUAUCAGAGAUAGAUCCUUGGCUUGGCAUCGCUGGAAUAAGCGAGGUCAUCACGCCGAAAUUGGCAGUAGAUCGUCCCGUGAAAGAUUCUAUUGUCAGUCCUCUGUAUGGUAGUGUGGAGAAUCUGCCACCAACAAUCUUACUUUCUGGGACUACUGAUAUGCUUUGCGCCGACGCGAGACGUUUGAAGUCCAAGUUCAGUGGAGGUGAUGCUGAGGUAGCUUCAGAGGGGAGUGCGGAGACAGAUCGAUUGCUUUAUGUUGAGAAGGAGGAUAUGAUUCAUGUAUACGCUAUUCUUCCAACACCUGAAGGUGCUGAGGCGAGGAGCCUCAUUGUCCAUUUUAUUAACAAGUACUCGGACAACUAG